AUGUAUCGGGCCUGGUUGCUGCCGCGACGACGGUCGAGUGGGUCACCCGUUUGGGCAACUAAAUGCUCGGUCAGUUCGGCGUCAGGCGGCGACAGCCCUUGCUUCGCAGCCAUGGUCACCUCAGCCGACCGCAAGCAGACGCGUUGCCAAGGCGACGGCAUCCCCGAGGGUCGUCGCAGCUGGGACCACAGCCUGCAAGAGAGGCUGACAACGCUGCCGGACCAUGCAACCGCAACUGUCGUCAGCCUCACCAACAGACCCGGCCAGCGAAUGGGUCGAAUGACUGCACCGAGGCACAGGUUGUCAAGCGACGGAAUGCCCAGAAACCUGUCGCCCAUGAGCUACAGAAGGCAUUCGGUCAACAGACUCCGCACCCAGCCCAACUCAGAGGGUGGAAUGUGCCGUCUUUCACGACCCAUAAAGCCGGCCAAUUGCAUGCUGCCUUCGCGUGGACCUUUGCAGCAUCGACAGUCACUUAGCACGAGUAUGACGUCUUCAUCGCAGUCGUUGUCACCGUCGCGCUCCGUGAGCAUUGCUGGGGCGACACAGUCAGGUCUCACAUGCGACAAUGCCUCGGCCGACUUCGCGGAGAUCCAGCGGAUGGUGGAACUGAAAGACGGACAGGAAAAAUGGGUGAGGAGAGUGAGGUUUGAAGGGCCGUCAGGAAUAAGUGAACUCUGA